AUGGAAGAAAGGCAAAAGAUAGAAGAGGAAGAGCGACAGCGACGAGAAGAAGAAGAGAGAAUAAAGAGAGAGGAAGAAGAACGUUUAAAAAGAGAAGCUGGAGAACGACAGAGAGAAAGGCAGAAGAAGCUAGAUGAGGAGAAAUUCAAACGGGAAAUGGAACGACAAAUGCAAGAAGCUGAGGCGAGAGAGAUGGAACGGCGUAGAAAGGAGGAAGAGGCACGGGCCAAGAGAAAGGACCCCAACAAUUGGGAGCCAAUUGUAUACAACCGCCCUUGCGACGAAGUUGGAGGAAAGAAGGCGUUUCAUUCUGGCGUAUGUUGUAUGGUAGCAGCGCCUCCGGGAAAUAUCGCGAGAGAAGAUGUGGAAUGUAACGCUAGUGACGAGCUUGAUGACGUUAUUGAGAUUCUUGACGACGGUGAAAAACCGGUUAGCUCGAUUAUCAAUAUUGAGUCAAAGAAAGGACUAGUAAAAUCAGAGUGUCCAUCACGAGUAUACAUCCCGCACUGCCCAGUCAACAGUUCCAGUGACGAGCUGGUCCUGAAGGUUUCUGUGAACGGAAGCGACUGGGAAACAGCCGGGGUCGUUAGCCCAACUCGGACAAUGUCGGAAAAUAAGAGAAAUAUUCCAGUCAGCAACCUCGUCGGCAUUGAGUUAAGCGAGUUUGAGAAUAUAAAGAUCAUGGUUAUUGCAAGACCACGUGGUCAGACUGUGAUUGUCGACAAACCUGGACUGAAUUUCAAUUCCAUUACCAACAAGAAUGUCAAACUGUUUAUGCCAAGAGACGCCUUUCCAUCAAGGACUGAAGUUCGGCUGGUUGUUAGUAUAUUAUGA